GUUUAGUAUUCAGUAAGAUUUUUGUAUUGUGUGUGUCGGUGCGGUCGUGAGCAACAGUCCGGACAAGAUAAAAAAUAAACAAAUUCAGAAGCGGUGACGGUGUCAUAGUCUGACGCAGAAAGAAAAGAACAAGUGAAUUGUUUUAGUUAAAUAAAAAAUAAAAGUUAUUUUUGAAACUAUUUUGAUACAGUUUUUCUAAAUACAAAAAACAAAAAUGUCGAUUGUUACCGACCAAGAGUGGGAGGAGUACAAGAAAACAUACGAAAAAGUUUACGAAAACACCCAAGAAGACAAAAUGCGUCGGGAAUUGUAUUCGAGAUCCAAGGCAAAAAUAGAGGAUCACAAUAAAAAAUAUAUGAACGGUGAAGUUACCUGGAAAAUGGCUAUAAACCAUUUGGCAGAUCUAAAGGAAGAAGAAUAUGCCUCACGCUGUGGCAAGCGAGCGCCACCAAAAUAAACAACGUACUUAAUUAUAUACAUAUAUAUAAAUAUUAUUAAACGACCGACCAUUCUGUAUGUGAUUGCCUAUAAUAUUUCAAAUAUUUUGUAUUACGUAAUGAAACUUCAAAAUUUAUCAUUUUUCUUGACAAAAUAUCACAACUACAAUGACAACUUUUAAUGCAUUUUGAACUUAAAUUUUAUAAAAGACUAUUUUGUAUUCAUUGUACU